AUGGCGGAGCGCAAGGUGCUCAACAAGUACUACCCGCCGGACUUCGAUCCGGCGGCGAUCCCCCGCAGCAGGCUGCCCAAGGACCGGCAGAUGAAGGUGCGCAUGAUGCUGCCCAUGUCCCUGCGGUGCAAGACCUGCGGCAACUACAUGUACAAGGGAACGAAGUUCAACUCCCGGAAGGAGGACGUGGAGGGCGAGGACUACCUGGGGAUCACGCUGUACCGGUUCUACUUCCGGUGCUCCCACUGCUCUGCGGAGGUGACCAUGAAGACGGACCCCAAGAACUCGGACUACGAGGUGGAGCACGGCGCCUCGAGGAAUUAUGAGCCUUGGAGGGAGAAGGAGAUGGCCGCGGAGCAGUCCAAGAAGAUGCGGGAGGAGGAGGAGAAGGGCAAUGCCAUGAAAGCCCUGGAGAACCGGACGAUCGACAGCAAGCGGGAGAUGGACGUCCUGGCCGCGCUGGACGAGCUCAAGAGCCUGAACGCUAGGAAGGGGAAGCUCAGCCAUGACGAGAUCCUGGUGGCUUUGAAGAAUCAGAAGGAUGCAGAGGACGCGCCUGGAGAAGAAGUGGAGGACGAGGAGGCCGUGAAGGCGCUAUUUCAAAGGGAGAGGCUGAGUCAGGUGAAGAGGCUGAAAGAUGACAGUGACAGCGACAGCGGGGAGAGGGCCAAGCGCAAUAGGACAGGCCAGCCCAGCAGCAGCACGGGCGCCAUGACGCCCACCCAGGCUCGCCCAGGGGACCCGGAGAGUAUGUGGGAUCGGAAUCUGGUGGGGAGCUUGACUUGCCCACCGCCCAAGAGGAAGUCGCUUGCAUGGACGCCACAGUUCAAGGUAAGGAGGAAGACAGAGGGCCCACCACUUGUGCGUGGUGUGGGGAAAGGGAAUGAAGAGAAUGGGAACGCGACGAAGAGUGUUGAGGGAGAUGAGGAUGGACUGCAGAAAGAGCCUCAUGCUGGUGCAACAAGCAAGAAGAGAGAUAGGGAAGAAGAUGGGAUUGAUGGGUCAACCAAAGAGGUCAAGAUUGGUGGGGGCUCAGACAGUGAUUCUGGGAAACUGGGUUUGGCGUUUUUGGUAAAUUACAGUGACAGUGGAGGAGAGUAG